CCUUCCUCCUGUUUUCUUUCGCAACGUUCCCAACCAUCUAGCCCCGCCUGUUGGCCUUACGGAGAGUCACGGCCUCCUUUCCGCUCACUUUGUCACAUGAUCUGAAGACUCGCCGUGGCGCGUAGUCCGCUAGCCAAACUAGAGCAACCCGCAACGCGUUACCAUCGUCGGUCGCCGACAUUGUUGAGCCUCGCCUUUACGCGUAAAUACUAGUAAAAAGCCUGCUUCGUCUGCAGCUACUCUUCUCCCCCGCGCGAGCCAUCGCAAUGGAUUCCGCCUCGCCCGCGCCCGACGCGACCACGACCGGUGGCCGUCGCAAGUCAGGACGCGUGACCAAGAAACCGGAAACGUUUGGAGCACCUGCGAAGCGCAAGCGCAGCGAUGCCGCUGUCGAUGAUGCUGAAGGCAACGACGCGUCGGACGCCGAAAGCAGUGAAGAGAGCGACGGCGAGCUGGACGAGGAAGAGAUGAGAGAGAAGCGGAGACGCGCCCGGAAGGGCCAUUCCGCGAAAUCGAAAGCGCCAGCUAAGAAGAAGGCUAAGGCGGUCAAUGGCGAAGCCGUCAAUUUGGCCUUCAGGCCUGCGAAGAGCGCCUCAAAGAGGAGAAAACCGCUGCCAGCUACGCGGGCGGAGGCGGAGAGCGCAGGUGGACUUUACGCUGAAGUGUUCGCACGCGAUCAAUCCCUCGACGACGCAGCUGCGUGGUGGCUUGGACGAUUCAACGACAACGAGAACGAAGCGAUGGCCGACCUCUUCAAUUUCGUCCUCAAAUGCGCCGGGUGCGACGCCAAGUUGGACGGCAACGACGUCGAGGAUACGGACCAUUAUACGGAGAAGUUGACCGAGUUGCAAGACGAAUUUGAGGCACAGGGCGUGUAUGAGUAUCCACUCAUCUCUCGAGCAAAGGGCAUGCACACGUUCAGAGACAAUUUCACCGGCAUCUUCUCGUCUCUAAUUGCGACGGUCGCAAAGACAAACAUCCUCUUCACAAAUGAUAACUUCAACGACGUGUUGAGCUCGUGGCUCGCUACCAUGUCGUCGGCUCCGUCAAGACCUUUCCGCCACACCGCCGUGGUUGCUUGCUUGACAAUCAUGACAGCUCUAUGCCAGGUAAGCCACGAUCUCGCAGAUAUGGCCGGAAAGACCUCGAGACAGGCGCAGGGUGAAAAGAAGCGUGGCAGAAAUGCCCAGAAUAGAGGUAGGAUAUCCGGCCUAGACGAGAAGGUGCAAGAAGCAGUGGCACAGCGAGAAACUAUAAGCGAGCAGCUGCAAGCCUGGUUCGACGCUGUCUUUGUCCACAGGUAUAGGGACGUUGACCCUAGAAUCCGAGACGAGUGCGUUCGCGCUCUCGGGCAGUGGAUCAUGUUGCUCCCGGACAAAUUCUUUGAAGGGACAUACUUACGCUAUCUGGGAUGGAUCUUGUCGGACUCUGCAAAAGAGACUCGUCACGAAGUUGUCAAGGCCCUCAAACUACUUUACAGCGACCCGACGAAGCUCAAUGGUCUGCGAACAUUUACGGAGCGAUUUCGGGAGCGCUUGGUUGACAUGGCGACAAUGGACAGCGACAAGGAUGUUCGCGUGGAAGUUAUUCAAUUGUUGGACACCCUUCGUGAAGCUGGGUUUCUCGAGCCUAGUGACAUCGACAAGGUUGGCCGUUGCAUCUUUGAAGUUGAGUCCAAGAUUAGAAAAGCCGUCACACCUUUCCUCGCUGAGACCAUCAAUGAGCUCUAUACGGCCAAGCUCGGCGAUCUUGGGGGUGAAGAAUCCCUGACGGAGGCAUUGCCUAACCUCGGCGAGGAUGAUGAUUUCGAGUCUCCUCGUCUGGAGUGGAUCAAGCUGAAGAGCAUAGCGGAGGUUUUGCAAGGCUACGAUGCUUAUGAUGCAGACUCCGAUGGCGAUGAUCUUCGCAUACAACGAGUUGGGCCGUCCGAUAACUUCAUCAAUACCGCUGAACAUAUCGAACCCCGCAUAGCUUUGGUCGCUGAAUCGCUUUAUGAAGGCAUUGAGGAACUUCACGAAUGGGAGAUCUUGUCUGGUUUAUUGUUGUAUGAUCACUCACAAACCCCUCCAGAGGAGCAGAACGGCGUAUCAGAAGAUCUGGAGGUGCAAUUCAAACAGGCAUUCAAGCUUACCGAGCAGGAAGAAUUGCUACUUCUGGAGGUACUGAACGCGUCGGUCAAGAUGACGUUGACGCAUGCAGUGGAAGCAGCCGCGGACAAGAAGGGUAAGAAGACAAAGGCACAAAAGAUGGAAGCGCAACAAACCCAAGAGGAUGCUGCCCGCCAUCUGGCGCUGCUUAUACCGCGUCUCUUCAAUAAAUUCGGCUCCGCACCCGACGCUACCUCGAGUGUUCUUCGACUGUAUCAUAUUCUCAACCUGGAUAUUUUCCAAAAUCUGGCUCGUGACGUGAGCGAGUAUGAGCAACUGCUGGAAGAUAUCAAGAAGCAAUUCGUGUCUCACGCAAAUGCUCGUGUAUUACAGGAGGCCAGUCAAGCACUUCUGUAUGCCCGCAGCAACGAGGAGCUCAUGGAAAUUACCGAUGGUAAAUUACAGGGCUUGUGGGAGGACAGUGUCAACGCUUUCAACACCCUGGCUGCCACGAGAGACUUCAGCACAAGAGGCAAUUUAGCUGACGAUGUACUCUCUGCUUUGUCAAACGCUGUGGUAAAGAUAUCAAACCUGUCAAUGAUCUCCGAUUCGACAGAGUAUUUGGAAAAGGUGCCGGCCCCUCCAAAGACAAAAAAGAAGGUUCAAAUGACCCCUACACCGGCGAUCAAGUCUAUUCUCGCCAUCAUCGAUCGCGGAAUUCCAACUGAGGACCUCGAUACCGAAACCAAUGAUUGCGAAGAUGCUUUGGUGUUACAAGCAGUACAGGUGGCCAAAUUUUACCUCAUGUGGAAAGUGCAAACAGCAAAGGCUUUCAUUGAAGCGAACGGCUACGCUCCACAAGAAAUGAUGCUUACUUUGGCUGAAUUCCGUGACGAAUUUCAAGACAAGCUUGUCGCUGUCACUCGACGACGCCAAGGAGUCGAUGAUGUUCGCAUCGCAGUCGCACAGGCGUACCUCGAUGUUCAUCUCGUGUACAGCGCGCUGGGCAAUUUCCGACCCAAAGGCAAAGCUGCGCAAGCAGCACGAGAGAAGGUUGCAGCUGGCGAAGAUAUCGAUCUGGAACUUCAUACUGCUAUGGCCAUGGAAAUGCCAAGGCGUAUGCAGAACACGCUUUUGCAAAUUUUUGUCAAACUUGAGAAGAGCUACGCGAAGAAGGCGAAGAAAACGCUUGAGGAGGAUGUCGACGACGACCCUGUAGAUGUAGACGAUGAUCCUGCGGAUGGCGAUGAAGACGAGUCACGUGAGGCAGAAAGGAGAAUGCUGCAAGUUCUGCUCGCCGAACGUAAGUUGUGCGAAUACGCCGGCCAUCUCAGUCUCGGUAUCUGGGCCGGCGUCCUAGAUGGCAAAGAGCAAGGCGUGUUCGAUGACGAGGAGGACGACGAGGGAGCUCCAGAAGCUAAUGGUGAGGAGAGAGAUGUCGCACAACAGACUAAGCCAAGUCGUAAAUUCUACGACCGUAAAGUUGGUAUGGUGGAGGAACGGCUCAAACGCAAUGUCAAGCAUCUGGGGCCGAACUACAAGCAAAUCAUUGAUAAGCUUGUGAAUGAGCAUCCAGCCACAGUGAAGAAGGAGAAGAAGAAGAAGGUGUCCUCAAAACCAAUGACGAACCCAGUGGCAAGCAAAAAGAGUGCCGAGAUUGUUGUUGAGGACGACGAAAGUGAGAACGAAGAUCCGAUCGAGGAUGUUGAUGACGACAAGCCGGUUGAGGAAGAUGGAAUGGAUGUUGACGCUAGGGGUGAAGUCGAGAACGAGAGCGUUCUUGGCGAAUAAGCCUGUUUCGUUCUGUCAUGCCUUCGAUUUGUUGAUGAAAUGUCGUAUAAUGGACGAGGGAAGGGAAUAGAUCUGAUUGAGAUUCUCAUUGUUUGGGCGUUCUAUACCCAUUGUUAAGUGGGUCUUGGGUCGUGGGUUUCAUUUUGUUCACGGCGGCUGCGGAUCAUGUCUGCGAUUAUGUACGAAUGUUGCUGAGGCCGUUGGCAGGCUUAUGGCUUACGAACAUAAUAUUUCGAUAUAUUCUAUCGUAAAGACAAGGAGC